CUUCAUACCUAGAUCCAGAUACAGAUCCAGAUACAGUUAUCUGGAUCUAUAGAUAUGGCUGCAAAAGAGCCCUCCACCGUCCAAUGGACCUGGUCUCUCCUGGAACCGGGCCUACUCUUGCUGUAUGGCAUGUCCUACUAUGCCCGGGUUAAUCUGGAAGCCGUCUUCAAGAAGGGACAGCUGCUUGCUCCCAUUCUGCAGACUGGGAGACUGCGCGAUGAGGCGUUUGGCCGGUUUUGGAUUGCUUUUAGUUCCCCAACACACCCCUCCCCCCUCUCCCCACCCCCCCAAAUCACCUGCUCCUCAGACCUCAUCCCCUCCAUCCUCGCCCACGCAUCCGGCCUCGUACUGGACGUCGGCCCGGGCACAGGAACUCAACUUCCCCUUCUCCGCUCACCCGCUAUCGAAACCAUCUAUGGCGCGGAGCCUUGUCAAGGUUUGCAUGAUGAGCUGCGCGAGAGGGCGCGAGCUGAGGGUCUAGCUGAGAAGUAUCGCGUGCUGGGAUGUAGUGUUGCUGCUAAGGAGCUUGUUCCUGCUCUUGCUAAGGAAGGUCUUCCUGCGAAAGAUGGGGAAGGAAAUGGGAAAGAGAGAGGAGUCUUCGACUCCAUCAUCUGCGUGCGCGUCCUCUGCUCCGUCCCGGAUCUGAACCGCACCGUCAAAGACCUGUACUCGCUUCUCAAACCGGGUGGGAAGUUGCUUGUCGUCGAGCAUGUCGUUAAUCCCUGGAGGAGUAGUAAGGGGUCUCUUGUGGCGAGGAUCGCUCAGGCGGUGUAUGGGUUGCUUGGGUGGAGCUGGUUCAUUGGGAGUUGUUGUUUGGAUCGCGAUACGGAGACGGCGUUGAGGGAGGCUGCUGAGGUGGAUGGCGGGUGGGAGGUUGGUGAUUUGGAUCGGCAUUUUGGGAGCGGGCCGUUGCCUUAUGUUUCGGGGGUGUUGGUUAAGAGGUCUUAACUUGUCUUACUUGGUUGAGGGGUCUUGAUUUGGAUAUGAA